AUGGCUAAAUUUCUGAAAGAUGAUCCUCCUAUUUUUAGAGAGGAUGAGGAAGAUGUAUAUAGUAUCAAGAAAACAACUAAGGAAUUAUGGGAAUCGUUGGACCAUAAAUACAAAACUGAAGAUGAUGGUGCUAAGAAAUUCUUAGUUGCUAAGUCCUUAAACUUUGUAAUGGUUGAUUCUAAAGCUGUUGUAAACCAGGUUCAGGAAUUCCAAUUGAUCAUUCACGAUAUUCUCGCAGAAGGGAUGGUUAUAAGUGAAUCCUUUCAGGUGGCAGCCAUUAUUGAAAAACUUCCCCCUACUUGGAAUGACUUAAAGAAAUAUCUUAAGUAUAAGAGAAAAGAAAUGACAGUGGAAAAUCUGAUUGUUAGACUUCGAAUUGAAGAAGACAACCGAGGACCAAAAAACGGUGUCUUUAAGAAGCCAAAAUUCCAAGGAAAAUGCUUUAAUUGCAAUAAGAUGAGACACAAGUCAUCCGAUUAUAGGAUUCCAAAUAGGGUUAAAACAAACGAGGCCAAUGCUGUGGAAAAUAUUUUUAAGGCAGUAUCUGAUCUUGACCUCUACACUGUGAUUUAUGAAGUCAACUUGGUUGAUUCAAAUCCAAGAGAAUGGUGGCUUGAUACUGGUGCCACACGUCAAAUUUUCUGUGGCAAUGACUCCUUUGUUGAGUUGGUUCCUUACGAGAAAUGGGAGAAGCUCUAUAUGGCAAUGCUGCAACUUCCAAGAUCAAGGGGAAAUGCACUGUGA